AUUGCAUUAUCGGGAGCAAAAAGAAACAUUGACAACUAACUCUGGCUAAAUAAGUAAUUAUAUGUUCUCCCAGACCGUUAACCGAGCAACUAUUUGCCACACUUGCGCACAGCUUCCUUCCCCUUGGACAAACGGUUUCGACAACCAACGAUACCAGAGCUUCGUUAAUGUAGACAGCAAUCGAGACGAUGAGCAGGAACAUCUACGACAUCGAUCCAGCGGGCAACGUGCUCUGCACAUAUAACGGUGAAUCACAGGAGAGUCUAAGGGCUCACCAAACCAAAAUCCCCCCUCUUACCGCCCUCCUCCACGCCUUCCUCCCCGCCGGCUACCCCCACUCCGUAACCACCGACUACCUCCCCUACCAAACCUACGACUCCCUCCAAGCCUUUUUCAGCAGUAUUUCCUCGUUGCUCGCCAACCGUGCCGUCCUCGAAGGCCUUGGGGUAGGGGACGCCUCUUCGUCUCCCACGGGAGCGCUCAUUCUCAAAAUCGCCAGCGACACCAUCUCCCGCGUCGCCACCAUUUUAUUCGCCCACCGGCUGGGGACCGCCGUCGAGCCCGAAUGUAAAUUUUUCAGGUUCUUGGCUGAUUGUUUGAACGAUGCUGCGCAGCUUUUAGAUUUGUUGGUGCCGGCGAUGAUGGAGAGGUGGUAUGGAUUGAAGUUGGGUGUGAUUGUGGGUGCGGGGGUAUUAAGGAGUUGGUGUGGUGUUGCGGCGAGUGCGAGUAAGGCGAGUCUGUCUGCGCAUUUUAUUGUUGUUGUUGCUUCGCAGCAAAAAGGCGGGGGAAAUAAUCUGGCGGAAUUGAAUGCCAAGGAGGCAAGUCAGGAGACGGUGGUGAGUCUUUUGGGCAUGUUGGUGGGGAGUCUGGUGGUGAAGGUGGUGCAGGAUAGACUGGUGGUGUGGGGGCUGAUGGUGGGAUUGCUGGGGGUACAUUUGUUGAUGAAUUAUUGGGGGGUGAGGAGUGUGAGGUGUCGGACGCUGAAUAGGCAGCGGGCGACGAUGGUGGUGAGGGAGUGGCUGGAAACGGGGAGGGUGUUGGGGCCGGAGGAGGUGAGUAAAAGGGAGAGUAUCUUGCAGCUGCGAAUAGGAUGGGGACGGGGAGGGGGGUGGACGGGGUUUGGUAGGAUGGCGAGUAAGUCGGGGGAGUAUACGGGUACGUGCGAGUUUGGGACGUAUGGGGAUGUGAAGGCUUUGGCGGGGUGGAAGGGAGGGUAUCAUAGCUAUGAGAUUGAGGCGGACGGGUAUUUUAUGGGGAUUUGUCAUCGGGGAGGGAGUUUUCGCAUGAGGAUCGCGCUGAAGGAGGAGGAGGGGGGGAAGAAAACGAGUUCAAGUGCGCGUGCAAACAGUCCGCUGGAGGCCUGGUUUGAUGCAGUCAGCCAUGCCUAUCACUUCGACUCGGCCCUAAAGGAUGGGCUGGAGAGCCAUUAUGAGAACGAGGUGCCGCUGCUAGGAUAUACGUCGGAGGAGCAGAAAGGAACCGUCUUUGCGGCGCUGGCGGCUGCUGGGUGGGAUCUGGAGACGAAUGCGUUGGAAACAAGAUCGCCUGUGAGGGUGAGGGUCGGGGAUGGGAAGAAAGUUCCAAUCUCAUCUGAAAAGGACCUUAUUCGACAACCACAUGUGUCCAAGAAGGAUUGAGUUGUCACAGAACUGGGCGGGUGGGAAGACAUUUAUCUUCCACUCGGAACAGCCGGAUACAUAAACAGUAACAAGACAUCUACAAAGUUGAAGUGAUAUGUAAUCUAUAGAUCCAACACCCAAGAGCGACCACCAUUAUUAGGACAGUCGACUCUAUGCAGCGAUUUUCCCAUGUCUAUCAUUCUCUAUUGAACCUUUCCCUUUUCUU